AAUCGCCAAAAUGGCCGCCCCCAUGGGAAGGUUGAUCUUGCAAUCUGACUGGGAUAAUGUUUUGGGAAAAGCGAACGAAUCAACGUGGAUAACGUUUAAAACACAGAUACCGCCAAGUACUCAUGGAAAACUGACGUCCCAGGGAGCCUCAUCUGAUGGUAUACCUUAUGUCACAGGGUCAGAUGGAUUUGCUGUCCAGGAAGUCACUAAGAAAACAAUAUCAGUCUUGUACAAAAGUGAUUCUGUUGAGCUCACUAAGAGAUUUCUGGCUCCUCAACUCACUUUUUCAACUGUACACACCCCAGGAAAGAUCAUCUCCUGUGUAGAUACUACACCUGGUGGACUUGGGGUGUCGGCUGAUAGUCUCGGGAAGCUGAGGAUCUGGCAAACAAGUAAUGGAGAAGUCAGGAGAGAGUUGGAGGGUCACCUUGGUGACGUUUGCACCUGUCGAUUCUUCCCCUCUGGGUUGGUGGUACUGUCAGGGGGCUCGGAUAUGCAGCUCAAAAUUUGGUCGGCUGAGACAGGCAAAUGUGCAGUAACUCUCAUUGGCCACAGGGCUGGUAUCCAAGACACAGCAAUUGUAGAUCGAGGACGGAAUGUUUUGUCCUGUGGGCGGGAUGGAACAGCACGUCUCUGGGAUGUGGGACAGCAGGAGUGUUUAGGCGUGUUCUCUGACUGUGGGGGCGAGGUCAACUGCUGCAGCAUUGGUGUCCCUGCAGUAGUCUGUGGGGAACUGGGACAGCUGGAAUCUCCACCUAGUGACAGAGAGGUACUGACAGAAGGGAAGCUACUCUUGCUUGGCUGUGAAAACAAGACAUUACAGGGGUAUGGUCUGCAGAGCAGAAAAAAGGUGUUUGAACUACCGACACACGAUGCUGUCAACUGCUGUUGUCACCUGUCCGACGUGAGCGCCAUAUGUGGGACACAGGAUGGACAUGUGACGGUGGUGGACUACAGGAACGUUAGAGUGCCUUUAAAGGAAUGGAAGGAUACAAGAGGACCGAUACUUUCCUUGUGUCCUCUCUCACAGGGAUUCUUCUUUUCAGCAGGAGACGGCUCGUGUUGUUAUGUGGACAGUCAAGGGGAGACAACUGUAGAAUUGACGGGUUCAGAUUGUGAUCCAAUUUAUCGUGUGUCCAGUGAUGGGAGCCAUAUGUACACGUGUUGUAGAGAUGGACUUAUUCGCAAAUACAACCUCUCGCAUGCCGGUCUGACAUCAUGACAGCAGCACAACUUCUAUGUGAAAUCCUCAUUUGUGUAAAAAUGUUCAAAACAUUUAAUUGGUGUUAGCAUUUAUAUAGCAGUUCAUAUGUUAUUUAAUUGUUGCUACCUUCUCUCAUUUCAUCCCAUUUUUAUGUAUAAUAUCAUCAACUGUUUAUUUUUGAAUAAGAAACUAUUUUGUUUUUUAAAUAACUGCAUCAUGAGCUAUUAUUGAUAUUGACAAGACCUGGUAAGAUAAGAUCUGGUCUCUGAGGGGUGUAAUACUAACUAUUUUUCACAAAGACAUCUCUUGGUUCACAUCUGAAUAUGCCCUUUCUAAUCAUUAUGUGGUUCUGUCAUUGAUUUCCUGUUGCUCAAUUUACACAUAAUUGACCUGAUUUUAUAAUAUCUGAAUAAAAGUGAUCGUUUGAAUCCAUAUAAUUAGUACGCAUAUUGCGAAAACUAAUUACAAUUUAGUAACACGGCAUUGACUUUUCUCAAGUGAAAGUAAAACAAAGUUGAAAAAUGAGAAAAAAGUUUAGUUUUACAUGUCAUUAAAUCAAAAGAGAAAAAGUUUAAGGAAGUCACUCUGACGUAUAUACAUGUACUGAUUCAAUGUACUUGUUGAAAUCUCCACUGCAUAGCCUUGUCUAUUAACAGAUGGUCGUCAACAUUAUUUACCACUAAAGAUUGAUUUGGUAUUAAGUUUUGAAAUAAAAUAGAAAGA